AUGAACUCUCCUGAGGAGGCGUCUGUUCCAGAAGAUGGUAUUUAUGUGGACGGUGGAGACCAAACCGAGAGCUUGAGCCUUGUGCCAAGGCCUGCUGAGAGCAGCGAAGGUGAAGGCAACCUCGCUGGCCCCAAAGGCAGCGAGCUCCCAUUGGUGUCCCAACUGGAAGUGCUGGAGCCCACAUCGGUGGUGCUUUGGGCCGAAGGGUGCUGGCGGGAAUCCCCGGUGCUGGUGCCGGAGGAAGAGAGUCUAGAGCCUCCAGUCGAUGAGAAAGUGGUUGAUUUGAACGUCCUAUCCCAACCCAAGGCAGAGACUGUGGCCAGUGGGCAGCAGGUGACCCACCUAGAGGUACCAGAAGUCAAAGAAAACCUAUCCCCCGAGGGCUUUUGUGCUGAGAAUGAGACAGGCUCCAGCAGGAGAGGUCUGCAGGCCUCAGGUUCAGAGGAGGCAAAGCCUCUCUUCCCCAAAGGACUGGAGCAAAGCAGGGUUUGGGUGACCCCGAGGAAGAGUACCACUAGCAGGAUGGUGAUCAGUGAGGAUACCCACCACCCCAUUUCAGAACCUGUGUUGUCAGACGAAUUAAAUGAGGUACAGAUGAUGAGGGUGACCAUUUGCCUCAAAGAUGGGAGCCAGGCCAAGACCGGUGGCCCAGCAGAGACUGGAGAUCUAGCCAGACACUCAAAUGUCCAAGCCAGGGAGAGUUUCAUCCGGAUGCCUUCCUCCCUGCUGACCCCUACUCCCCGGGGACUCACUUCUGGCAUGGAAAGGCAGGCCUCGAAAGAACUGGAAACCUUUUCCUCUAAGAAAAAGCAAGGAGUCUUAUGGGGUAAGGGAGGAGGAGCCAAGCCCAGCUACCCAGAGGCUCCUGGGGCAGGUGUCCUGCCCAAGGCCAGUCCUAGAAAGAAGAUGACCCAGAAGAAGAAACCCCUGUGGGAUGCCUCAGCCGUUUCCCUGGGGAGAGCCUUCCAUCAGUGGGGUCAGAGACUAAAGUCAGCUCCUGCAGAACCAGCCACCUUCCCCCCAAUCUCUGGUGUUGGACUGCCUGGGAGGUCCAAUAAAUGCUCACUGCUGCCUUUGAGACCCAAACAGUGCAAGAACUUCUACGCUGGGAAGAGACCUGGGGCAAAGCGGACAAGGGACUUACAUUCAGUAAUCAAAGGAGACACUGACUCGAUCAAAGAUUCCUGCCCACAGGCUCCAUUUCCAACACACAGGGCAGAGGCGUCUACCCAGAGCGCGCACCAAGAAUUCAGCGGUGGGGAUAUAAAUGCCAGAAGCCUCCAGGACCCAGCAAACUCUCAGCCCUUAGCCCCGAGUCAGAAAGGCAUCCUGUCUAGAAAAUCGGCAUCCUCCGGUGACCAGGAACCACCUGUGGCUCCCUUACCCCCAGAUCCAGAGAUGCAGCAGCUACCCGGGACACAGGGCUGUCCCCGUUGUCCAGAGUUACAGAAGGAAAUAGAGAACCUCAGGAAACAGCUAUGGGCCCUGCAGGCUGUCAAUGAGAAGUUCCAGGCACUGUCAAGUUAAACCCAAGGUGUGUCCACAGGACAAGUCGCCGGUGUCCGUGGAGCCCGGUGCCGCUGUUCAGCUACUUCCUUCGGUUUCCUCCUCCAGAUUCUUCCCCCUUUGCCGCUGCUUAGUCUCCCAGCCCUUCUCCGGUUGACAGUAGUUCACAUACGUACCUCUUAGGAAGGAAAAUAAGAGUUUGUGAUAUAAAGUAAAUAAAGAUGACUUU